AUGGGUCAAAUAGAAUCAUUGGAACGAAAAAUAUCCUUGGGAGAUGAUUUAAGACAAUUAAUCAAUGAUGAUAGAUUUUUUGACAUUACUUUAAAAUGUUCGGAUAAAACGAAUUUAUCUGCAUGUAAAGCUAUUUUAGCAACUCGUUCCAAAGUUUUCAACUCUCUUAUCGGAUCAGGAAGUAAUAAUGAACUUUCAUUUAGUAAUAUCAAUUCAGAUGCUAUGAAAGUAGUAAUAGAAUAUUUGUAUACGUCCGAUGUUGAAGAGCAAAGCUUAACUAUUAAUAAUAUUGUUGAAGUUUAUUAUGCUUCUAUUCAUUUUAAAUUGACAUCUCUUCAGAAACUUAUUAUUGACCGUACAAAGAAGUUUUUAAAAGGUGGACCAAAUAUUUCCAAAAACCUCUUAUCGCAGCUCGUUAAGAAAUGCACCUCAAGGGUGGAUAAUGAAAUGUCACAGAUGUUGAUAGUUUGGGUAUCCAAGAACAAAUUGGGAAGUUAUGAAAAUGAUGAAAAUGACCCGUUAUCAUUAGAAGGGUUGAAGUAUCUUUUAAUGAAAACUUUUGAUGAUACAAAAACACCGUUUGCUACUUCAGAGUUUGAUAUUUGGAAUUAUACUUUAAAAAAAGUUAUAAGUAUUGCUACAAAUAAUAGAAAAACUGAUCUUUCAAAGUGUAAUACCGAUGAAAAAAAGGAAGUAAAGAUUCAUUUAACACCAUUUACCUAUUAUAUUGAUUUAAAUCGAAUGGAUGUGGACGAAAUUAUGAAAUACAUCGAACCUGUAAAUAUUUAUUCAAUUGAAAAGCUCAAGGAUAUCUAUUGCAACAAAGCAAGGGACAAGGAAUCAGCAAAUAUUCGUGGAGUACCUGCUUUUAAAUGGAAUAAUAAUAGUACACAAUUGAUUGUUUCCAAUUAUGGAUCUACUGUUGAGAUGAUGAAACCCAACAAUACAAAACAAAAACCUGUACAUAAAUCUAUAUUGGGAGAUAUGAUGUUUAAAAAUCUUGGAAAAUAUGAAUGGAAUAUCGUAAUUGAAAAAUUGGGCGGAAUAAUUUAUAUUGGUAUAUGUGGUGAUGAGAGUUUAAGUACAACUGAACUAAAUUACCAUGGGUGGGUCCUUGGAUCUGAUGGUUACGUUUAUCGUAAAAAGGAUGGGAAAUGUUAUGAUGCAAAGAUGAAAGAAGGGGAUAAUGUUACUAUUCAUCUGAAUAUAAGCACAGUUCAUAAAAGGAGAAAAUGCGAAUGCUCAUUUUCUAUUAAUGGGUCUAAAAAGCCUGUGGUUUCCGCACGAGGAUGGGAUGAUAUUCCUUGUCAAGUUUAUCCUAUUGUUUCUUUGAGUUGUGGUAGUAAAUUGCGUAUAGAACCUGUAUCAUCAGUGUGA